CAGUCAUUGAUACUCUCUCUACCUCUCUCUCUUUCUCCGUCGGUUGGAUCAAAACGUGAGGACGAAUCCAUAUGGAGUCAGAAAAUUACUGUUCAGCACACCACCUCGACUUCUUCAACCCAACAGUAGGCUUUAGAGAUUAACACCUGAAAAACUAGCUGUCAAAAAACCCUAGAUCUUCAUUGUUCUGGGAUUUGUUCAUCGUUGAAUUGUCUAUUCAAAAAGUUAGGGCUUGAAUUAGGAGCUGAGGAGUGUGUUGAUGGAGCCUCGAAUUGGGAAUAAGUUUCGGUUGGGUCGAAAGAUUGGCAGUGGAUCGUUUGGGGAGAUCUAUCUUGGGACUAAUAUACAGACAAAUGAGGAUGUUGCAAUUAAGCUUGAAAAUGUCAAGACAAAGCAUCCUCAGCUGAUGUACGAGUCUAAAUUAUACAGAAUUCUACAGGGAGGAACUGGAAUUCCUAAUGUGAGAUGGUUUGGUGUGGAAGGGGACUAUAAUGUUUUAGUGAUGGAUUUGCUUGGACCUAGCCUUGAGGAUCUAUUCAAUUUUUGCAGUCGGAAACUUUCUUUGAAGACAGUGCUUAUGCUUGCAGAUCAAAUGAUCAAUCGCGUUGAAUUUGUCCAUUCUAAAUCAUUUUUGCAUCGAGAUAUCAAGCCGGACAAUUUUCUUAUGGGCUUGGGACGACGUGCAAAUCAGGUCUACAUAAUUGAUUUUGGUCUGGCUAAGAAAUAUAGGGACUCCUCAACACACCAACACAUUCCUUAUAGAGAGAAUAAGAACCUGACUGGAACAGCGAGAUAUGCAAGCAUGAACACACACCUUGGCAUCGAACAAAGCAGGAGGGAUGAUUUGGAAUCUCUUGGAUACGUCCUUAUGUACUUUCUACGAGGAAGUCUUCCUUGGCAGGGACUGAAAGCAGGAACAAAGAAGCAGAAGUAUGAGAAAAUUAGUGAAAGAAAAGUUUCAACAUCUAUUGAGGCCUUGUGCCGGGGUUAUCCUUCCGAGGUUGCUUCAUACUUUCAUUACUGCCGUUCACUACGAUUUGAGGAUAAGCCAGAUUAUGCUUAUCUAAAGAGAAUAUUCCGUGACCUCUUUAUCCGUGAAGGCUUCCAGUUUGAUUAUGUUUUUGACUGGACCAUUUUGAAGUAUCAACAAUCGCAGUUUGCUGCUCCUUCUCGGGUUCUUGGCCCAAGUGCUGGAACAAACUCUGGAAUGCCCCCUGCUAUUCCCAAUGCUGACCUGCAGUCAGGUGCGGAAGAAGGGAGACCAGCUGGUUUGUCUUCAGCUGAUCCUUCUCGUCGGAGAAGUUCUGGACAAGCUAUAACCGCGGGAAGUUUAUCUAAGCAGAAGAGUCCAGUUGCAAAUGAUUCGACAAUGAGCAAAGAAGCUAUGUUAUCGAGCUCCACUUUUUUGGGACGAUCAAGUGGAUCAUUGAGACGAGGUGCCGUCUCUGGUAGUCGAGAUGCAUUCACUGUGGGCAAUGAGUCUGACCCUUCUCGCUCUCGUACUGCCGAAGCAAGUCCGGGAACAGUAAACAAGAUCUCAAGUGGGCAGAGAACUUCACCGUUUGGGGGUUCCUCAGACCCCAAGCAUCCUUCAUCUGGUAAGAAUACCUCUGGCAUAAAGAACUAUGAAGCCGCUCUCAAGGGCAUUGAUAGUCUGCAUUUUGACGACGAAGAGAGGAUUCACUAUUGAUUGUUGUAAAUCACAAGGAACUAUUGAUUCUCUCUUCACACUCUUGUAAAUUAAAUCAUUGACCUGUGUGCUAGACAUCUGGUAGAAUUUGUCCGGCUGUUGGCUAAUGGUGCGUUGGAACCAAGGAAUUCUGUGUUUGUAUUUGCGUUUUCGAUCAACAAAAUCAACAAGAAGGGAAGAACUGCAACGAGCGGCAGGAUUUAGCACAUCACCAUGAAGGUGAGGCAUUUGUCUGUGUAUUGACCGAGUGAGUCUUGUUGGCGUGGCGUUUUUAUUCUCUUUACCCUUUGACCCCGGCAUUUACAAUCUUUGUUUCCUUGGUGUUGGAAAUUACUGGUUUAUAUAACUGUCGAACUGUAAAUUGGCCCGAGUUCUAUCCAUAGUAGUUCUUUUUCGAUUUUUGACAUUCUUUUGCAGACGAUAGAUUUCAAGUAUUCGACAUGGAGAGUGGGGGUUCAUGGCAUCACUUAGAAGUUGCAUUGUAGUUGUGACAUAACUUUUUGUAAUGGUUUCUCUGCAUGUGAGUAAGACUGUGUAGAUUAUUC